AUGGUAGUUCUGAGCUUGGGCAGCGUUGAUAAUGAUUUCCAUAAUAAUAUAAAUGACGUUAAUGAAAAUUCCGAUUUAAGAAACGAUACAACAUUUCUUGAAAGACUUGGAGCGCGUACCGAAUAUGUUUUUAAAUGUGCGUUUACCAAGUGGGGCAAGUUGCUUGCCACGUAUCCAUGGGUUACUUUGUUGAAUGGAGUUAUCAUUGUUGCUAUCUUGGGAUAUGGAAUCAAAUAUAUAGAAAUAACUACAGAUCCCGUGCAACUGUGGGCGUCACCGAAAUCAAAGUCUCGGAUUGAAAGAGAUUUUUUCGAUACGCAGUUUGAACCUUUUUUUAGAAUAGAGCAAAUAAUAAUCAAAGCAGUUAAUUUGCCUUACAUAAUUCAUAACACUUCUAAUGGACCUAUUACAUUUGGACCAGUGUUCCACAAAAAUUUUCUCUCGGAGGUUUUGUAUCUUCAAGAACAAAUUAAAAAUAUACAGAGAAAUAAAGUGUCAUUAAAAGAUAUUUGCUACGCUCCCCUUGCCAAUGAUGAAACCGAUAUCCAGACAUCUAAUUGUGUUAUUCAAUCAAUUUGGGGGUAUUUCAAAGACGAUUUAAGCAGACUGGAUGACCACGAUGAGGAUAACGGAUUUAAUGUUACUUAUUUGGAUGAAAUCUAUCAAUGCACCAGUAAUCCAUAUUUAUGUUUAGCAUCCUAUGGGGGUCCUGUAGAUCCUGCCAUAGCGUUAGGUGCCCCUGCUAAUUUGGCAAAGGUUGCCCAUUUUAAUCCGCCAUAUGGUGAUCCCGGAACUGCACUGGAACAAUCUGAAAUAAGAUAAUUUUUAGUCAUCAGAUUAAAAAAUACAUUAUUUAAGUAAAUGUUUAUAUGUACAUGGUAUAUGGUAAAGGUGUGAUUACAUUAUGUUUUUUUUAUAAUUUUAAGUUGUGUAACUAAUAAAGUAUCAAUGAACAAGCUA